UCAGCCAAUUAGUCCGUCGCUGCCGCCUCUCCCCGCCUCGCGCUGGCGUUCCAGUCACGCGGAGAGGGCGCCAAGCUUCCCUGCGCUCCCAGCGCGCACUUCCGGGCACGGUCGGGGCGUGACGUCGGGAGGAGGGCAGACACACAGCUCUUUGGAUGCCUCUCUACACCUGAGGGGAGUCUUGUCUGAGCCGGCACCACCGCACAGCACACGACAUCUUCGCAGGGAACCCCGUGGACCUUCUGCCAGGCUCCGCAGAAGGACAGGGCUGGGCAGCGGAUUCAGAGGCCAGUUUCAGAUUAGCCACCCUGAGGGUGAGGACCAGUAGGCGGCCCCUAAGAUGGGUGAAAGGAAAGGUGUAAACAAAUACUACCCGCCGGAUUUCAACCCCAAAAAGCAUGGCUCUCUCAACCGAUACCACAAUAGCCACCCCCUUCGAGAGCGGGCUCGGAAGCUGUCACAAGGCAUCCUCAUCAUCCGGUUUGAGAUGCCGUAUAACAUCUGGUGCGACGGCUGCAAGAACCACAUCGGCAUGGGUGUUCGUUACAAUGCAGAAAAGAAGAAGGUUGGCAAUUACUACACAACUCCCAUCUACAGGUUCCGGAUGAAAUGCCACCUCUGCGUCAACUACAUCGAGAUGCAGACAGACCCCGCCAACUGCGACUACGUGAUCGUGAGCGGUGCCCAGCGCAAGGAGGAGCGCUGGGACAUGGUGGACAACGAGCAGGUGCUGACAACAGAGCACGAGAAGAAGCAGAAGCUGGAGACGGAUGCCAUGUUCCGGCUGGAGCACGGGGAGGCCGACCGCAGCACACUCAAGAAGGCACUACCCACCCUGAGCCACAUCCAGGAGGCCCAGAGCGCCUGGAAGGACGACUUCGCCCUCAACAGCAUGCUGCGGAGAAGGUUCCGGGAAAAGAAAAAGGCCAUCCAAGAGGAAGAGGAGAGAGACCAGGCCCUGCAGGCCAAGGCAAGCCUGACCAUCCCGCUGGUGCCCGAGACGGAGGACGACCGCCGGCUGGCCGCCCUGCUGAAGUUCCACACCCUGGACUCCUACGAGGACAGGCAAAAACUCAAGCGGACCGAGAUCAUCAGCCGCUCCUGGUUCCCCUCUGCCCCAGGAUCAGGCCCCAGCAGCAAAGUUGGCAGCGUCCUGAAGAAGCUGGCCCAGAGCCGUAGACCCACGCCCGCCGGCUCCCCCAUCACGGUGGGGGACCUGGGCAUUGUGCGGCGGCGAUCGCGCGAUGUCCCCGAGAGCCCCCAGCACACAGCCGAGACCCCCAAGUCUGGAGAAGCUCAGGUGCCACAGGGGACUGCCCAGAAGAGUCCCACGUCCCUUGGAGACUGUCCUCAGGAGCCAACAAAGACCCCCAAGACAAGUGCACAGGAGGGGAGCUGUGAGGACAAGCCCCUGUCCGCACUAGGCUCCGCCCAGGAGGCAGCCGAGCCCCCAGACAGGCCACACCUCUGUACCGUCAGCUCCUCCCUCGUUGCCGACUAUUCCGACUCGGAGAGUGAGUGAUUCUGGGGACCGGAUCCGCUCCAGGGGCCAUGACACACCCAGGAGGCCCCGCACAGACUGCAGACCCCUGCUCACCCAGCAGCCCCUGGAGAGCUCAGACGCUGACCCCCUCCCCAGACCUGCCUUCCCACAACGACGGAGUUGUUAUUUAUUUGGUCCUGGUGAGGGUGUUUGUGCCUUGUGAGCCCUUGACAUUAAAGCCUUCUUUGUCCCUGC